UUGCCCUGACACUCGCACCCGCUCCCUGCCAGGCAGGUCUUCACAUGAACCAGGCCCUUCCCAUUAGAGUUGGGAUUCGCUAGCCGUCCUAACCGAGCAUCUGCUGUUCCAGUGCACUGUUCCCAGCCGUCCCACCCCAGAGGCGGACGCAUCUCAGCUCCAGGUGAACAACCCCUGGACAGUGACGUGUGCGGCUGUUCCCCAGCUGCCGCACUCCGGAGGCAGCUGCAUCUCAGCUCGGGGUCUGUCCCAGCUUGACGCCCCAGCCAUGGGCAGAGCCCUGUUUCCACAGCAGGACGCCGGAGAAUGGGAGCUCCCAGCUCAGGGCCCGCCCUGGAGAGCAGGGGGUCCUGCCCUCCCUAUGGCCACGCUGAGGGUCCUGAUCCUCACCCUGCUCUGGAGGGGGUCCCUGUCCCAGCUGCUCGGAUUUACCCUGACGGUGCCACAGUCGGUGUCGGUGCAGGAGGGUCUCUGCGUUCUCGUCCCCUGCACCUUCGUGUACCCAGCCUCGUACGACACUGACAGAUCCUGGGCCCAGCUCUACAGAUACUGGUACAAGGAUCAGGCCGAUGUGGGCCAGGAUCCGCCUGUGGCCAGCAGUGACCCCAGCCGGGAGGUGUCGCAGGACACCCAGGGCCGGUUCUGGCUGGCAGGGGAUCCGGAGCACGGCGACUGCUCCCUGCAAAUCAACGACGCCCGACGGACAGAUGCGGGGAGAUAUGUUUUUAGAUUUGAGAAAGGAAAAUUGAAAUACAAUUACCUCUCCAAUUCCGAUAACACUGAUCCUAUACUCGCUAUCUCCGUGCCAGGGCUGACAGAGGAGCCAGAGAUCCAGAUCUCACCGGUGCUGGGGCUACCAGGGACUCUGCUGGCCGGGGAGCCGGUGACUGUGACCUGCACGGCCCCCGGGCGCUGCUCCAGGCCCCCUCCCCGAGUCACCUGGACGGGGCCGUUCAGCGACACAGCCCAGGACGUCUCAGUCCAGCUGGCGAACGGCACCUGGGCCCGCAGCUCCAUGCUGCGCUUCACACCCGCCCCGGGGGACCACGGCAAAGAGCUCGUCUGCAGAGUCACCUACCACCCACCAUGGGGACCUUCCACCAACAGAACCGUCCAGCUCCACGUCGUCUACCCGCCUGGGCCGCCCAGCGUCACCGGGACCCUGACCAGGAACGGACGCCCCGUGCCAGAUGCCUGGGGAGCUGAGGGCGACGUCAUGUCUCUGGAGACCCACGAGGGCGACUCCCUGACCCUGGGCUGUGAGUCUGGGGGCAGAACCGAGGCCAUCAUGAGCUGGGCUAAGGGGAACGAGUCCCUGAGUCCCGGCCAGGGAGGGGCCGGGCGCCUGGAGCUGCCGAAUCUCAGCAGAGGGGACGCUGGGGAGUAUCGGUGCUGGGCGAAGAAUCCCUUUGGGUCGGCCAGCCGGGCCCUGCGUGUGCACGUGCAGUCUCUAGAGAGGACUCUGCAAAUCACCGUCUCCAGAGCCAACAGGAGCGACCCCCAGCUAUUCCAAGAUCCCGGCACCGCAGUGGCGAACGGCUCACAACUCACAGCCCGGGAGGGCGACUCCCUGCAGAUCCUCUGCUCCGUUGCCAGCAACCCCCCUGCUACGCUGGGCUGGGUGAGGGGGGACCGAGCCAUCGAGGGCGCCCACCCCACGGGGGAGAAUCAGCUGGGGCUGGAACUGCCCAACGUGACGGCCGAGGAUGGGGAGCUGUAUGGGUGCUGGGCCCGCAACAAGGAGAGCUUUGCCCAGGGGACGUUCCAGCUGCUUGUCGAGUACAGCCCCCGGCCAGGGACCGGGCUGAACUCGUCCUGCCAGCGCCAGGGGCCCGGCAUCAACUGCAGCUGCUCCCUGCGUUCCCAGCCCCCGCCCUGGCUCCAGUGGCAGGUGGACGGGGAGCCCCUGGCUGGGAACGGCUCGCGGGGAGCCCUGCAGGUCAGCUCGUGGGCCCAGGGGGACGAGGUUGUCAGCACCCUGAGCUGGACGGGGAGCAGGGACAGGGGCCCCCGGAUCUUCUGCCUCGGCUCCAACCCCCACGGGACCUACGCCGCCCUGCACUUUGAACUCAGCCCCCCGCAGAGAGGUGCGGAGGGGCCUGGCAAGCUGCUGGGCAUCGGGGUGGCCUGUGGGCUGGGGGUCGCCGUCGGCUUCUUCCUUCUCGUGCUCUGUGUGAUCAAGCUGCAUGAACCGGUGCCCCGCACCACUGAGGCCGGGGAGCCGGCUAACGGGAGCCUGGCGGAGAACACGGCCGACGACGCUAGCCUGAUCUAUAGUAACGUCACCACCAUCCCCGUGGAUCACAAGACUCCAGCCGCCCGCCGGACCAAAGGCAUCCAGGACGGGGCUGCAGCGGCUCAGGGCCCGCUAGGCCUCGGGGAGCUGCAAGAGCUGCACUACGCCUCCAUCGAUUUCUCCAAGCUGCAGCACAAAGGCAGGGAGCCUCCGGAGGACCCCGCCACGGAAUAUUCCGAGGUCCGGCUGAAAUACCCGCUCCCUGCCAGGCAGGUCUCCACACGCACCUGGCUCUUCCCAUUGGAGUCAGGACUCUCUAGCUGUCCUAACCAGGCAUCUGCUGUUCCAGCGCGUUGUUCCCAGCUGCCGCACCCCAGACGCGGAUGCAUCUCAGCUCCAAGCUCUGAGUCGCAAACCCUGGGGAACCCGGGCUGCACGGUCGGAGAGCCAGGCUCUGGGCCCUCCUCUGCAAGCCUAGGGGUCUGUCCCAGCCCGAUGCCCCAGCCAUGGGCAGAGCCCUGCUUCCACAGCAGGAUGCCGGAGAACAGGAGCUCCCAGCUCAGAGCCCCCCCUCGGAGUGCAGGGGGUCCUGCCCUCCCUAUGGCCAUGCUGAGGGUCCUGAUCCUCACCCUGCUCUGGAGGGGGUCCCUGUCCCUGGAGUCUGCUUAUUCCCUGGUGGUGCCGCAGUCGGUGUCAGUGCAGGAGGGUCUCUGCGUUCUCGUCCCCUGCACCUUCACGUACCCAAACUGGUUCGACACCAGCAAUCCCCAGAACCGGCUCUACGGACACUGGUACAAGGAGCAUAAAACUGUGGGCCAGGAUCUGCCAGUGGCCAGCACUGACCGCAGGGUGUCUCAUGAGACCCAGGGCCGGUUCCGGCUGGCGGGGGAUCUGGCACGCGGCGACUGCUCCCUGCAAAUCAGCGACGCCCAAGGGAUGGAUGCCGGGAGAUAUUUCCUUAGAGUCGAGAAAGGAAACUUUAAAUACAGUUACCGCUCCAAUAAGUAUCAUGCUCACCCUACGCUCGAGAUAUCUGUUCCAGGGCUGACAGAGGAGCCAGAGAUCCAGAUCUCACCGGCGCUGGGGCUGCCAGGGACUCUGCUGGCCGGGGAGCCGGUGACUGUGACCUGCACGGCCCCCGGGCGCUGCUCCAGGCCCCCUCCCCGAGUCACCUGGACGGGGCCGUUCAGCGACACAGCCCAGGACGUCUCAGUCCAGCUGGCGAACGGCACCUGGGCCCGCAGCUCCAUGCUGCGCUUCACACCCGCCCCGGGGGACCACGGCAAAGAGCUCGUCUGCAGAGUCACCUACCACCCACCAUGGGGACCUUCCACCAACAGAACCGUCCAGCUCCACGUCGUCUACCUGCCCGGGCCCCCCAGCAUCACCGGGACCCUGACCAGGAACGGACGCCCCGUGCCAGAUGCCUGGGGAGCUGAGGGCGACGUCAUGUCUCUGGAGACCCACGAGGGCGACUCCCUGACCCUGGGCUGUGAGUCUGGGGGCAGAACCGAGGCCACCCUGAGCUGGGCCAAGGGGAACGAGUCCCUGAGCCCCGGCCAGGGAGGGGCCGGGCGCCUGGAGCUGCCGAAUCUCAGCAGAGGGGACGCUGGGGAGUAUCGGUGCUGGGCGAAGAAUCCCUUUGGGUCGGCCAGCCGGGCCCUGCGUGUGCACGUGCAGUCUCUAGAGAGGACUCUGCAAAUCACCAUCUCCAGAGCCAACAGGAGCGACCCCCAGCUAUUCCAAGAUCCCGGCACCGCAGUGGCGAACGGCUCACAACUCACAGCCCGGGAGGGCGACUCCCUGCAGAUCCUCUGCUCCGUUGCCAGCAACCCCCCUGCUACGCUGGGCUGGGUGAGGGGGGACCGAGCCAUCGAGGGCGCCCACCCCACGGGGGAGAAUCAGCUGGGGCUGGAACUGCCCAACGUGACGGCCGAGGAUGGGGAGCUGUAUGGGUGCUGGGCCCGCAACAAGGAGAGCUUUGCCCAGGGGACGUUCCAGCUGCUUGUCGAGUACAGCCCCCGGCCAGGGACCGGGCUGAACUCGUCCUGCCAGCGCCAGGAGCCCGGCAUCAACUGCAGCUGCUCCCUGCGUUCCCAGCCCCCGCCCUGGCUCCAGUGGCAGGUGGACGGGGAGCCCCUGGCUGGGAACAGCUCGCGGGGAGCCCUGCAGGUCAGCUCGUGGGCCCAGGGGGACGAGGUUGUCAGCACCCUGAGCUGGACGGGGAGCAGGGACAGGGGGCCCCGGAUCUUCUGCCUCGGCUCCAACCCCCACGGGACCUACGCCGCCCUGCACUUUGAACUCAGCCCCCCGCAGAGAGGUACGGAGGGGCCUGGCAAGCUGCUGGGCAUCGGGGUGGCCUGUGGGCUGGGGGUCGCCGUCGGCUUCUUCCUUCUCGCGCUCUGUGUGAUCAAGCUGCGGGGCCGGAAGCCGGCUAACGGGAGCCUGGCGGAGAACACGGCCGACGACUCCAGCCUGAUCUACAGUAACAUCACGAUCAUCCCCAUGGAUCACAAGACUCCAGCCGCCCGCCAGACCAAAGGUGACCAGGACGGGUCUGCAGUGGCUCAGGGCCCGCUAGGCCCCGGGGAGCCAGAAGAGCUGCACUACGCCUCCAUCGACUUCUCCAAGCUGCAGCGCAAAGGCAGGGAGCCUCCGGAGGACCCCGCCACGGAAUAUUCCGAGGUCCGGCUGAAAUAGCCCCCUCACGCCAUGGGACCAGGCUGGGCGUCUCCGGCCCGUCCUGUGUGUGUGUGUGAGGGGGUGUCACAGUGAGGGGGGAAGGGGGCAAAGGGUUGGCCCAGGGCUGUGGGAAACCUGGGUGCAAAUCCCUGCUCCAGCCCGGACUCAGGGCGGAGUAAACUAGGCCUUCGAGAUGCUGGAGCACUGCAUUGGGGGGAGGUAUCCCAGAGUCCUCUGCAGCCAGGUCCCAAAGCCUGCCCCUUCCCAAACCCCACUGCCCCAGUGGGAAAGAGAACCGCUCAUCUCUCAGCCAUAGAGCAUCUCUCUUCUACCCUGCCUGAGCCCUCGCCAACUCGUUUCACAGAUGGACAGGAUUUUCCAUCUCAGGGGCAGCAGCUGGCAAGAGUGGAGGGACGGGCUUGUGUUUAAAGUGCUGGCCUGGUACUCAAGUUUCCUGGGUUCUCAUCUCUGCUCCACAGAAAAUGCUCUCAGUGAAGUUGGGCCGGUUGCUGCAUCUGUCUGGCCUCAGUUUCCUCACUUUGAAAAUUGGGAUAAUAAUGGUGUCCUGGGCUAGUUUUGUUCUAAACCCCUAAGGGCAGGGACUGUGUGUCUGGGCAGCACCUGGCACAAUGGGCCCUGAUCUCUGCCUAGGUCAACCAGUGCCAUGUGAUUAUAACUUCUUAUUAACAAUGUUUUAUUCAAGCG